CACAUUGCCACCACACUCUCAAAGUCUCGCUCCAUCGUCAUCGUUCACUAAACCCAACAAAAAGGCCGGGUUUCCUGCAAUUACACAUUUUGUGCCCUUUUCCCGCCAUUAUAUGUUGUCCCUCUUCUGCUAAAUGUAAACUUCCCGCCACUCACCUCAUACAAGAAAUAAAUGUACCCCCAUUUCUCCCUCCAUUAUACCCUCAUUUCUGUCUCCAUUUCACAUCCUCCCUUGAUUCUAUUUCAGCUUUACGAUCAUCAAUGGCGCCUUCUCGCAAGAUUAACAAUGGCAGAUCACCGUUAGUUAACAAACAACACCAGAUCACUUCUUUCUUCUCGAAAUCACCUGUUCCUUCUUCUCCAUCUCCUUCUCUUAAACCACCUACUCCUAAAUCCCAAUUAUCAAAACCCUCGGUUUCAAACCCUAACCCUAAUAUUAGUCCUAAUUCAUCACCGCCGACUACUCCAUCUCCAAUUAACGGAAAAUCAAAACCUAAAUCCAUAACCAAACCUAAAUUAGUGAUUGGUGCUCAAAACCCCUCUAUUUCCUCUCCGAAUUCGGUUAAAAAUUUGUUUGGCGAUGAUGUAGUGAAUCGGAAUAUUAGGGUUUAUUGGCCGCUUGAUGACGCGUGGUAUGAAGGAAGUGUGAAGUCGUUUGAUAAAUUAUCAGGAAAGCAUUUGGUUGAGUAUGACGAUGGUGAAGAGGAAAUGGUUGAUCUUUCUAAAGAGAAAUUUGAGUGGAUUCAAGUUGAAGGAGAUUCUACUAUUAAAAAUGUUAAGAAGAGAAGGUUAAGGAAAGUAGCCAUUGUGGUGGAUGAUGAUGAAGAUGAGGAAGCAGGGAAUGUAGAUACUAUUGAGGAUGAUUCCAGCGACGAGGAUUGGGGAAAAAAUGGCGUUGAAGUUGAGGAGAAAGAUUGUAUGGAGGAGAUGGAUAUGGAAUUAGAGGAUGAAGAGGAGGUUGGGAAGUUGAAGAGGAAGAAGGGAGACAAUGGAGGAGGCAAGGGGAAGAAGAUGAAGAAGAGUGAGCAAGGUGAUGCAGAGGUGGCCGUGUCUAAUAAGACGAAAAAAGCUGGGUUUGUGUGUGGCGAUUUUGGUGGAAAGCCUGCCAAACAGGUUAUCAAUGUUCAAGAGGCAAAACCGGCAAAUGUUAAUGACUGCAUGGAUACUGAUGCAUUGGAGAGGUUUGGUAUUCGUGAAGAAAAGAAGUUUCCAUUCCUUGGAAAAGAUCGUAGAGAUGCCAACAAGAGACGUCCUGGCGAUGCAGAUUAUGAUUCCAGAACUCUUUAUUUGCCCCCUCAGUUUCUGAAAAGUUUGACAGGCGGUCAGAGACAAUGGUGGGAAUUCAAAGCAAAGCAUAUGGACAAGGUCAUUUUCUUUAAGAUGGGAAAAUUCUAUGAGAUUUUCGAAAUGGAUGCACAUAUUGGUGUGAAAGAACUUGAUCUACAGUAUAUGAAGGGAGAACAACCACAUUGUGGAUUCCCUGAGAAGAAUUUCUCAAUCAAUGUAGAGAAGUUAGCAAGAAAGGGUUAUCGUGUCCUUGUAGUGGAGCAAACCGAAACUCCAACUCAGCUUGACUUGCGCCGCAAAGAAGAGGGUUCAAAAGAUAAGGUAGUCAAACGAGAAGUAUGUGCUGUUGUAACAAAAGGAACGUUGACGGAGGGAGAGAUGUUAUCAGCAAAUCCAGAGGCUUCAUACAUAAUGUCAGUAACUGAAAAUUGUCAACUUUCUUCUGAUAAGGAAGAAGGACGAGCAUAUGGUGUUUGCAUUGUUGAUGUGACUACUAGCCGAGUAAUUAUCGGUCAGAUAAAGGAUGAUCCAGAGUGCAGUACAUUAUGCUGUCUUCUAUCUGAAUUGAGGCCUGUUGAGAUUAUUAAACCUGCUAAUAUGCUUAGUACUAAGACUGAAAGGGUUCUUGUGAGAUACACUAGAAAUCCGCUUGUCAAUGAGUUGAUUCCGCUUGUCGAAUUUUGGGAUGGUGAUAGAACUGUUCGGGAAGUCAAGAAUAUCUACAGUCGCAUAUUUAGUUCAUCUGUUUCCGCAGCUCAAGAGGGAGCAACUGAUGCCACCAACUCCAACAUCAAAGACGAGUCUUGUUGCCUGCCAGAUGUUGUAAAUGAGCUGUUAAGUGCUGGUAGAGAUGGUAGUCUUGCAUUAUCAGCCCUUGGAGGCAGCCUUUACUACCUGAAGCAGGCUUUUUUGGAUGAAACUUUGCUUAGAUAUGCAAAAUUUGAGUCACUUCCAUGCUCUGGUUUCCGUAAUGUUUUUCAGAAACCUUAUAUGGUGUUAGAUGCUUCUGCAUUGGAGAACUUGGAAAUAUUUGAGAACAGUAGAGAUGGUGGCUCCUCUGGGACAUUGUAUUCCCAGCUCAACCAUUGCGUGACUGCAUUUGGGAAGAGACUGCUAAAAACAUGGCUUGCAAGACCCUUAUAUCAUGCAGAGUCGAUUAGGGAACGUCAAGAUGCUAUUGCAGGCCUUAGGGGAAAUGUAUCAUGUGUGCUUGAAUUUCGAAAAGAGCUGUCCACGUUGCCAGACAUGGAGAGGUUGCUCACACGCCUCUUUGCUAGCAGUGAAGCUAAUGGGAGGAAUGCAAAUAAAAUUGUUCUGUACGAAGAUGCUGCAAAAAAACAACUUCAAGAAUUCAUAUCAGCAUUACGUGGUUGUGAAACAAUGAUUGUGGCAUGCUCUUCUCUAACCUUCAUCUUGGAUGAUACCAAGUCUGAAUUGUUGCAUCAUCUGUUAGUUCCAGGCAAAGGUUUUCCGGAUGUAAAGUCCAUUUUAAAGCAAUUUCAGGAUGCCUUUGAUUGGGUUGAUGCUAUUAGUAUGGGUCGUAUAAUUCCUCGUGAAGGAGCUGAUGCAGAAUAUGAUUCAGCCUGUAAAAGAAUUGAGGAGAUUGAAUCUAAUUUGAAACAGCAUAUCAAGGAACAAAAAAAAAUAUUUGGCAACACUUCGAUAACAUAUGUUACAGUAGGAAAGGACUCAUACCUGUUAGAAGUACCCGACAGUUUAAAAGAAAGUGUUCCAAAGGACUACGAGUUACGGUCGUCCAAGAAGGGAUUCUCCAGAUAUUGGUCGCCAUAUAUCAGGAAGAUGGUUGGAGAGCUAACACAGGUCAGAGCUCUAAAGGAAUCCAAACUAAAAUGCAUUUUGCAAGAUUUAAUUGGACGCUUUUGUGAGCAUCAUACAAAGUGGAGAAAUUUGGUUUCAAUUGUUGCAGAAAUUGAUGUUUUGAUGAGCUUGGUAAUUGCUUUUGAUUACUAUGAAGGACCAACAUGCCAUCCAAGUAUUUCAACUGGUUGCAGUACUAAUGAAGUACCUCAUAUAGCAGCUAAAAGUCUGGGUCAUCCAAUCAUUAGAAGUGAUGCUUUAGGCAGGGGUACAUUUGUACCCAAUGACAUUAAUAUAGGUGGCUCUAAUCAUGCUACCUUCAUCUUGCUUACUGGUCCUAAUAUGGGUGGGAAAUCAACACUUCUUCGUCAAAUAUGCUUGGCUGUUAUUUUGGCUCAAGUUGGAGCAUAUGUCCCUGCAGAAAACUUUGAACUAUCACUUGUUGACCGCAUUUUUGUUCGUAUGGGAGCAAACGAUCACAUUAUGUCAGGACAGAGCACAUUUCUAACAGAGCUUUCCGAAACUGCAUCGAUGUUGAAUUCUGCGACCUGCAAUUCACUUGUAGCGUUGGAUGAACUUGGACGUGGCACUUCAACGUCAGAUGGACAAGCAAUUGCGAAGUCGGUUCUUGACCACUUUGUUCGGAACGUGCAGUGUCGUGGAAUGUUUUCCACUCAUUACCACAGAUUAUCAAUAGAUUACAAAAGAGAUCCCAAGGUCUAUCUAUGUCAUAUGGCAUGUCAAGUAGGAAAAGGUGAUGAAGGGAUCGAAGAAGUUACAUUUCUUUACAGGCUAACGCCAGGAGCCUGUCCUAAAAGUUAUGGUGUCAAUGUUGCACGGCUAGCUGGAAUUCCUGACAGUGUACUUCAUAAAGCUGCUACCAAGUCGAGAGAAUUUGAGUCUGUUUAUGGUAGGCAGCAAAAAAACUUACACACAGAUGAUAGAAGUUUGGAGGACAAGACCCUCAGGCUCUUCCAUAAUCUGUUUGGUAGUACUUCAAAUAAUAGCUCCUCAAAAUCAAGUAUUGCUACACUUGUUCAGCUUCAGCGACAAGCUAGGAUUCUCUUGGAACAACAUUGAUUCAUUUGCAUAUAGUUAGUCAUUGGUGGAUGGCGGGUGAGUUUUAGACUCUCGGUAAUUGAGGCGCUUGCACAUAAGCCUCGUCGUAUCCAGGAUUAGAUUUUUGUCAUUUGUUCUGGUCCUGUGCAUAAAUAGACUAGAGGUUUGAGUUUUGCUGUGUAUAUCAGGUAGUUAGUAGCUCUAAUCUUGUACAUGAUUAAUGUACUUGUAGCAAUGUCAAAAAUAUUGUGGCAUAUCCUUGAUCUAUGUUAUCAUGACAUUGCUUGUUUUGUUAUUUUGGCAACUAAUUUCGCCACAUUUGAGUAGGUCA